AGCAUGUUGUACGCGCAACUUGGAAUGAACGCGAAGCAUGUAAUGUUGUAAGGGACCAGCUGGCAGCGCAGCUGACUCACUGUUUUCCCCGGUUUUUUUCAUGGCAGCAGUGACCACCUCUGUCACAAAUGUCACCAGGGGCCUGCACAGCUCAUUAGGAAAACCCAACGGCCCUGCCAUUGAAACAAUCAACAGCCAGUCAAUCAUUGUCUGGUGCUGUCCCGUUCAUGUCACACACCAUUUAUACAACCACACGGUAGUAAAGUAAGCUGUAUUACCGGGAGCUCGUGAGGUGCAAGCACCGGUAGCUGGAGUUGUCGUCCCCGUGGCUUCUGCACUGAGCGCAGCCUGGUGAUGAAUUAGCCAGCGCCGACCCUGCUGCGGAUAAAGAUCAUUGCCCUUGGAGUGCGAACAGUCUUGCUCAAAAAUAGACAGUCUGGACAAGAGGACAAUCAACCCAGACCCUUCUUGCUCGUCUCAAAUUGGGACAUCGUUCUGAAUGUUGCAAGCCAUUGUUCUUGCAAUAAACAUCGCUCAAUAUCAUCUAUACAUCAGUUUAACAAAAGGAAACGUCACCAGAACCUGACCAAGAGCCUGCCAGGUGGACAACCAGCAGUCUGGGUUGGUGUUUCGUUUUGUUUCGAGAAGACAUCCGAGCUAUGGAAGUACUACGGAACUUGGCGGCAUGCGGCAGCCACAUGGCGGCCGUACGGAGGUUCUUUUGGACCGGUUGCUUUGCCCUGUCUGUCUUGUACAUUUUCCUACCGUCUGCGAUGUGCCAAGGUGGUACGUAUCCUUCGCAAGGGGCUUCCAGUGGUCAUCGCUAUCGGGCACGGGGAAGCAACUGGUGCGACUUCGUGGUGACACGGCAGGUGUCCUGCAUGAUUCGCAAUGGUACAGAGAUGUACGUCCAGCGAACCACGCCCGACUGGUGCAAGUAUCAGCUACACUCGCUCUACGGGUCAUUCGGCAGGAAAGAUUGUGACAAGACCUCAUAUAGGAUAAUGUUCCGUCCCAAGUAUUAUGUCGGUCUCCGUACCGUCGAGACAACAGAACGUAGAUGCUGCCCAGGAUUCAACGGACAGAACUGCGACAGAGUAUGCUUCAAUUGCACCCAAAUAGAUGAGUUACGCCAAAAGGUCGACAUGUUGUUAUCAGGAUCGCACUCAACACCGCUAGGCAACAGCCAAUUCGUCAACCACAUUCCCCCAGACAGCACCCAGCCAGUCACGGGCCACCCGGGUCCCGAGGGGCCUGCCGGACUAAGGGGGCCAAGGGGACCGUCCGGACCCCCUGGACCAAAGGGGGAUGUGGGAUUGCCCGGACAGAACGGGCAGCCAGGGGCAGCGGGUGAGCCGGGACCUCCUGGGCCGAGAGGACCGCAGGGGCCCCAAGGCCCGCCUGGUCCGGCCGCUCCAGGUAUUCAGGGAGCACCAGGUGAACCAGGCCCGCCAGGACCUGUGGGUUCUAAUGGUGAUAUGCAUGGGCUUAAUGUUUCAGCUGUGGAACUAGAGGCUCUGCUAGUGGAGAUAGCUGAGCUUAGAAGCCGGGUGUCAUUCUUAGAACAAGUAUUUAUUAUACAGUCAGGCGGUAUCCCUGAUCCCAGCAAUGAUGCUUCCAUGAACCCCCUCUUCCCUUCCAACCCCAGCACCGAGACCACGAUGACAGCCAACCCUCCCGGCUUCCCCACUGAGCUCCCCGACCGCGCUGGUAGGCCGGGCCUUCCGGACCUCAACACUGAGCUCCGAGUCCCCACGGAGCUACCAGCCGAUGUCGGUCCCGUGACGGAGGAGACUUCGGGUCAAGGCGAGACCCCCAAUGGCCUGAGUAUAUUCCCCGUGCUAGGAGACGGCAUCAGACUAGACAUAGAACCGAUGGCCGUGGGCGGGAUGAAGGAGUCGGAAAUUCAAAACGGACAGACGGACCAGCUCAAUGUUCCAUGAAAAAAGAUACAAAAAAGCAGGAAUCUGAACCACUUAGGCUUGUCUCCAGUGACAUAAUUGUGAUGGCUAAAGAUGCCAACAUGAUUAGGCC